UUCUACUUUGAGGAAACAACACUGGUUACCUCUAUAGGACAAUUAUUAAACUAGUUUGCGAAGCUUUCUACCUAACUGAUCUCAAACUCAAGACGGUCGGCUAGCAACAAAGGGUUUUGGAGUAAUUUACAUUUUCUAUUGUAAAGAAUCGCCCCAGAUUCUAAGGCCGGUUAUUCGACAGGAAUUAUCCCGUUAAGACGAGACCUAAGUGAUGGGUGUCCCAUUGAUCACUCUUAGUCGCUUGCGAUAAUUCCUUGUGAGAUUCUCACCUAAAAGUGUCUGUUGUUGCUCCAAACUCCAUUUCAACAUUAUAUUUGUGAAAUAUUUGUCUUUGGAUUUGAUUACAUUUAACAUGAUAGAGAAGAAUGAACAAGCAGAAAACAAUAGCUUUGACAGCUCUGAUGCAACAAAUGUUAAGCUGAUUGCAGAGAAACAAAAGCUACUCGAAGAUACAUCUGCUCAGGUUCAAGAAGGAAUUAGGAAUUGUUUUAAACAAUUGGAGAAUGUUUUGAAAUCUAGAGAGAAACAACUCUUGCGUCAAGUAGAAGCUAUUCAUACGCAGCAACUAUCUCUUGUACAAUCCAACUUACAACUGGUUCCUUCGAUACCGUCGCUAAUAAUUAACUUAUAUGAUAAGGAAGAAAUAGAGAAUAGAAUUCUCAAUUUUGCUAAAUUAGAACUAUCUGAUAAAAAUAGUACAGUGGUAAAGGAUGUAGAGCCCUACAAGGUUGAAGAGUAUCAAGAUGCGGACAAGGAUCACAUCAGUUUCAAUAAGUCUAUAAAAUUUGAGGAAAAAGAUCAGAAUGAAAAAAGUUUUAAUCAAGAAGUGGAAGCUGGUACUACAUUCAAUAUUUCAAGUUCCAAUAAGAAUACUAUAAUAUACAAUAAUAGCGUCCUGAGCAGUUCCUGCAAUUCAAGUUUAAAUUCAAGUUUAGAAAACGAGGCUGGAACCCAACUGGAGACUACAACUUUAUUAAAUUCUAAUUAUAAACCAAACAAUGAACUAUUACUGUCUAAGGAUUAUGACAAUAGUUUCUCAAACUCUUCAGCUUCUCCAGUAGAACUGAGUAAAGCUGUGCCACUCAAUUGUAAAAAACGACUUGAAGACAAAGACUAUAUAAGUUUGGAUGAAUCACAAGCAGAACAUUCGGUAACUCUAAUAAAAAAUAGUGAUUCUGUUAUGUAUAAUGUGAUGGUGGAUAUAGCUGAUAAAAAAAUUGAUGAGGGUUCCGAAAACUCUGACAAGCCCAUCAGCACCUACAUCGAAACAGAUUUAGACCGGAGCGUUGAUAUUAACGAACACGAGGAUACAGCUGUUGAUGAAAGACUAGCCAAAGAAGUUUUAAAAAGCGAAAAAGGAAAACGAGAUAGUGAAGAACACCCUAAGCAAGUUCAGCAAUGGUUACAGCAAAUCUUAGUCGAAACAGAAACAGAACCAACAAUAAAUGAGAUCGGACAGUUUUCAGAAAUAUCUAAAGCUAGACUAUACAGUCAGUUCCCAGUGGAGACUUAAUUAAAGAAGAAACAGUAUUUAACAGGUCUACAAAUAAAAUAAGGAAUUUUCCUGACUUAUGUAAUGUAGUUGGGAGUAAUUAUUUAUGUUGCUGAUGUCUAACAAAGUCCUUAACGGGGCCAAAGUUUCCAUGUUCGUUCAAUGGAAAGCGAACCAAAAAGUCUGAUUUUUCAUUGCUAUUACUUAAAUUAUCUACUAUUAUUUAUUGAAGCCUUAAUGUCUCAACUGUAUUUAAAGGAAACGUUUAUGUACUUAAAUACACUAUAUAUUAAUCCUUGCCCUUUUUUCUAUUCUGCAAAUGUGUACCGAGGAGGAAUUGUAAUAAGAAUCAAUUAGAUUCAAAUAAUAAAAGAUAGAAGGACUUAA